AUGCCGCCGCCGCCGCUGCUGCUGCUGCUGCUGUUGCUGGGACCUGGACCCCGAUUCAGCCAAGCAAACGGGAGGUCACAUGUGUACAAGCGUGGACUCCUGGAACUGGCAGGGACCUUGGAUUGUGUUGGUCCUCGAUCACCGAUGGCUUACAUGAACUAUGGCUGUUAUUGUGGCCUUGGUGGCCAUGGAGAGCCACGUGACGCCAUUGACUGGUGCUGCCACCACCAUGACUGCUGCUAUUCUCGGGCUCAGGAUGCCGGCUGCAGCCCCAAGUUAGACCGCUACCCGUGGAAGUGCAUGCAUCAUCGCAUCCUGUGUGGACCAGCAGAGAACAAAUGCCAAGAACUCGUGUGCAGGUGUGAUCAGGAGCUGGCAUACUGCCUGGCAGGGACCGAGUACCACCUGAAAUACCUCUUCUUCCCCUCCAUUUUAUGUGAGAAAGACUCACCCAAGUGCGACUGA